AUGCAGUUCAAAAAUCCACUUACCAAAGAUCCGCAAGGCUCUGAAGCUAUUGACCGAGACUACUAUCAACGCAAGCCAAAGCCGCUCCCAUCGGAUCCAGCCAUACGUUCUCUAAUCCAGGCUGUGUUAAAAGAUGGAUAUGUAGUCAUUCCCAACGCCUUUAGUGAAGCAGAGGCCCUUGAAGCAAAGGCAGAGAUUGAUCGGCUUCAUGGCCAGAGCCCACGCAUUGGCCGCGACUCAUUUGACGGGUUCAAGACGAACCGUAUCUUCGCUUUACUGAACAAAACGCGCGUGUUUGACAAGUUUUGCUUGAUACCCCAAGUCCACGCACUCAACGAGUUCUUCUUGGACGACGAUUACCUUAUUUAUAUUAUGGAGACCAUCACUAUCAAUCCUGGCGAGAAGGCUCAGGUGCUACAUCACGAUGAUGGUGUCAUUCGGCUGCCGAGACCGCGGCCUCCUGUCACAGCUGCUACCAUGAUUGUGCUGGAUGACUACACUGAGAUAAAUGGCGCUACGAGAAUUAUUCCCGGAAGCCAUCUCUGGGGCAGCGACAGAUUGGGCGAGGAGUCAGAAGCCAAGUCAGUGGUCUGCCCGAGGGGCAGUGUAAUUUAUUUCCUCGGCACGACAUGGCACUCUGGCGGAGCAAACAGGAGCGACAAUCCACGAUAUGCUGCAACGAUUCAGUACUGCCAGCCCUAUAUUCGGCCGUUGGAGAACUUAAUGCUCGCAGUGGAUCCCAGAAAGGCACUAUCAGGCGAGAUUCCGAGGAAGAUUGUCGAUAUGAUGGGGUAUCGCAGUGCUAUUCCUUUCGUGGGCUAUGCCGAUGGGCUGAAUCCUAGAAAAGCCACAAAUCGGUUGAUUCGGUGGUUACAGGGUCCUGUGGACUAUAAUCCUCCUACUUUUGCCAAAGAAUCUGGUGAAAAGGAAAAGAGAAUCCUGAGCAAGCUGUGA